CAGUCUGUUGACCGAGGAAGAAGAAGGGCGCACACAAUGCACCGCUCGGGCUGACAACGGCUCUCUCUCUCUCUCUCCCCCUCUCUCUCUCUUUCUCUCCCUCUCUCUCUCUUUCUCUCAUUUUCAACAUUAAUCUCAAAUCCAGUCGGAAACUCUUGAACCGGGCAGCGGAGCGGCCAUUCGUCCACAAACAGAGUGGAUUCAGUGAGAAUCAGAGCUCGUUGACCGGAAACGGCUCCAACUAAUCCUAAAAACAGUUGGAUUACAACCGGAGGAGGCUGCAUGACGGAGCGGCGCAGCCCGCCAGGGGCUCGGCCCACACCCACGUUUAUGGAAAUCGACCCCGAGGCUUUCAUAUUUGGGCCUUCAUUUAUUUUUAUUUUUCUUCUUCGUGAUGGACGCGGACCGAAAUAAGAGUUGUGUUUAAAUAUUAUUAUUAUUAUUAUUAAGGCUUAAAACAAACACACAUUCUCCCUGCUUCCUUUCUUUCUUUUUUUUAAAAAUAAAUAAAUAAAUAAAUCUCGCUGGUGGCUAACAGCUGGAUCGGCUAACGCUCAGCUAGCAGCGGGAAGCUAACGUUACGUCUUUUCUUUCGAUGUGAAUUGAACCGAUAAAACUAUCGAUCAGCGCCGUCGGGAGCACGAGAACACCGCGCGGACCGUGGCCGCGGACUGUUAGAGAGCCCUGCUGACUUCACCGACGUUGUUUUAACAAUAUAUAGUUUAAAUUACAAAUAUUAGCGAGCCGCGGAAGAAUGAGCUAAUCGGCUGGAGACUGUAGCGUUAGCUCGCGUUAGCAUCAACCAGAAGAAGAAGAAGAAGAAGAAGAAGAGGGGGGGUUACUCUGUUUAUAUUGUUUAGGACUCCUGACAGGUUUUGUUUUUGUUUACAUGCGUUUAACGUUAUAGCUUACAGACACAGUCCGGCUAUGUCCUGACGUUUGCGCGCGCGUGUGUGUGUGUGUGUGUGUGUGUGUGUGUGUGCGUGUGUUAAAUGUGUUAAAUGCCCAUGUGGGGGUAAAGUUUGCGUUCACAUUGACUGAAAUGACUCUGAGGUUCCGCUCUGAUGCCACUGGACUGUUGUCAGAGGACGGUGAAUAAUAGCCACUGGUUCCCAUUAACGCCAUUUUAACACAGGGCCUGUGUGCUGCUGGUUUCAGUUAGCGGUUCUGGUGACUUGAGUAAAGAAGUGCCUUUUUUUUUUUUUUUUUUUUUUCCUUUCGGGUCUCACUGGAGUUACAAAAGAACCGUUUGAACAUGGAGGGCCCGAGCCGAAGCACUGGGUUCAGACAGAGCCGCCGGUCCCGUUCACAGCGCGACAGGGAGCGGCGGCGGAGGAGGGUGAACCUGGCCGAGGAGAGGGCCACAUCCCUGUCCUCAGGCUCCGAUCCGGAGGCGUGUGGGACCAACAGUGUCCUGGGUCCCGGUGGGAGGGAGUGUCGGCCCGGUUUUGGGAGACACAGGCCUCCACGCCGGAGGAAGAGGGAGUCGGUGUCCUGCGAGGAAGACAUCAUCGAUGGCUUCGCUAUUGCGAGCUUUAUCAGCUUGGAGGCACUGGAGAUGGACUGCUCUCUGAAGCCCAGUCAGCGCACUGAUAUGCUGGGAAGGAGGAACAAGGGGAAGAGAGGGCCAGAGGAGAACGGCGGGGGGCCGCUGUCCGAGCCGGAGGAAGGAGCCCCGCACAGCUACUCCAGCAGUUGUUGGAACAAGAGCCGAAACAAGAGGAGAAGAAUAGAGCGACACCCUUUGGAGACGGGCUACAUUUGUGACACUGAGAGUGAUACAGGAGAUAAGGCCUCCGACAAUGACAUGGACCCAGUCUUCACAGUCAGUACUAGGAAAGCUGUGGAGCCUGCCCCCUCAAACAUGGGCACAUCGAUGGGCAAAAGCUGCCCGCCUCUACCGGCCCCUUGUGUCUCGCGGUUGAUGGUGACCCCGAGAGUCUCUGGCCUGGAGCGAAGCCAGGAGAAAAGCUUGGAGCAGCAUUUCCCAGAGCCUGUUUGUUCUUCUACCUCCUUCUCUUUCCUGCCUUCCCCGGUCAAAUCCUCAGGCACCGUCCCCCGGCCCAACGGCAGCCGCCACAACGGUAGUCCCCCACUCUCCAAACCCAAACCCUUCCUCACUUUGCCUGGCCGCUCUCACUCCAUCUACAACAGGAGCAGCACCCCAGUCAAACCUCCCUCCUCUGCUUCAUCUGUUGGGUCUUCCUCAUCCUCCAUGCGCCCCCCGACUCCCUCCACCAGUGUGUCGCUGCCCUACAGCAGGGGUUCAGGAGUCUCAGGGCCCCUCCGACCCCCAUCCCGAGCCAGCUCUGGGGCCCUAUUUACGUCCUCACCUGGCCUGCCUCCUCCUCCCCCUCUGCUCCAAGGUCCUGCCCACUCAACUGCAGCAGAUCAGGAAAUAAUGCGUCACAACUUAAACUCGCACUACUUGAAUUCACAAGAUCGCGAGGGCAGACGCAGCGUCCCAGGGGCUGAAAAUAACGCAGCUGCUGCGGGCCGCUCCACUCCCGGUGGUCCAUCAGCAUCGAGCUCCGCCCCGGGUUCGUCGGGCCGGACGUCGCAGAACCAGUCGAACAUCCAACCCAUGGCCUUCCAGUUUCAUCAGCACAACCACCAGCACCAACACACGCACACACACCAACACUUCACGCCCUUCCUGCACCCCACAGCUACCGCACCGCCUCUGUUUGAUAAGUAUCCUGGAAAAAUGGACGGGCUGUACAGACACACUUUCUUCCCACAAUACCCACCGCCCUCAGUGCCGAGUAUCCAGCCUGUGAUUCCUCCCACUGGGCCUUUCAGCUCCUUGCAAGGAGCAUUUCAGCCAAAGCCUCUUGUCCCUCAGGGAACGGGUCCUGAUAUAAGCGCACGACUUGGGGUUGUGCCUCACCACCUGCAGCCCAAAGACCCCAGGCUAACUGAUCCAUUUGGGACAUCGUUGAAAAUCAGUAAUAAACCAGGAAAAUGGUGUGCUAUGCAUGUAUACGUGGCCUGGAUGAUUCUAAGCCAUCAGAAAAAAGUAAAGCUGAUGCAGGCUGAUCCUCACAAGUUGGACUUCCGUACUGACCUGCUGGCCCGUCUUCCUGGAGCUGGGGGACUGGGACCCCUGGGGCCCAUAGGAGGAGCCCUGCCUCCCACUCAUGAUCUGACCAGGCCUCCCAGUCUGUUCUCAGCGACAGGGCCAGUCAAUCCGUCCUCGGCUCCUUUCAUCUCUCCAUCAACGCCCCACUCCUCUUUCCUCGCACCAGCUGCACACUUGGAUCCGUAUGGCCGAUCCCCACCCUUCACCCCACUGGGAGCGCUUGGUUCUGGUGCCUUUGGAGGACUUGGCAGCCCAACAAUGGCGAGCACACCAGCUGGUGUGGUUGGAGGCUUACCCAACCCCAACCAUCAUGACCCAUGGAACCGUCUACACGGUGGCCCAUCUGUGUUCCCCCCAGGCCCCAGCUGGGCUAAAGGAGCAGAUAAGCGGGACGAUAGGGAUCGGGGGAAGGAAGGAGAGAGGAGAGACAUCCCCCACAUCAAGGAUGAAAAGGACAGAGACAAUAUGCUGUAUGGCCGACAACCUGUGAGAAUGUCUCCAGUUGCCUCUUCCUUCAAGCCCCGCAGUAGCACCCCAGUUUCCCACAUUAAUGGUCACAGCAGUGCCCUGGGUGGGAGCAGUGGCCCCAUUGAGGACCUGACACGCAGCUUAAGAGAGCGCGAGCGAGACAGAGAUGGAGAUAAGAGGCCGCUGCCAACGGUGUCUUCACGUGGGCUGCCUGUUGGCUCUUCAUCUUUAGUAGCAGACAGGGACAGACCACGGUCUUCCUCAUCUUCUGUGCUCACUACUCCCCCACCCUCCAACCGCUCAGCCCCAUCUCCUUUGGACCUUUACCCCCGUGCACUGGCCCCAACAACACACAGCCUCCACAAUGAACCCUCACACUCCCAAAGAGACGGCAACCUCCCCUCUUCCUCCGCAGCUUCUGCCUCUGUCACUUCUUUGUCUCAGGCCAAGAAGUCUGACCGGACCACAACGCCCGUCUCCAAACCUCCACUGCUUCUCCCACCAGUUAAAGUCAAAGAGGAGCGGAAAGAGGAGCCGGAGCAUAUCCCCAUCUCCCUGCCUCCCCCGGUGCAGAACCACAGCUUUGACCGGCCCAACAGCCAUCCACACCACCAUAGUUCUGGUACCCCUUCUUCUUCCUCUUUAUCACUGACUCCCACUCCUGGUGUUCCCCUAAUGCAACAUACUUCAAACCACGCUCCUUCCCACCAACACCUUUCCCUGCUGGACCGCUCCAGGGCCAUUGAAGCGUAUCUGGGGAGCACAGCAGGUGCAGGGUUGGUAAUGGGUCCAGGAGAACGUUUUGCCCAUGGUCCAGUUCAAGGACCUCCGCAGGGUCCACAUAGCUUCACCUGGGACCCCUGGAGGGAGCUUGCAGCUCAGCAGCAUCAUCAGCAUCAUCAGCAUCGCAGGGAGGCUUUGGCACUUCGGUCAGACCCUCACCUGGCCCGACUGUUCCAUCAACGCCUUAUGGAGGCAGCCCCCCCUCACCACCCUCCGACUUCUACCUCCGCUGCCUCCGGCUCUGCUGUCCGCCAGGAGUUUGGCCUAAUGGCCCAUCACUUUGACCGCUCUCACCUCGGACACCCAGGCGGAGGACUGAUCGAUGAGGAGCAGCGCGCCCAGAUCCUGAGGGAAGACUUUGAGCGGGCUCGCUACUUUGGGAUGCACCCACACCUCCCUCCUGGCGCUCACCUCUCGGGCCCCUCUCAUGCUGCUACUGCCGCUCACCUGGAGCAGCUCCACCCCGGCCUUCUCGCCCACUCGCUCGCCCACGGAGCCUCUCCUGCUGCCCAGCACCACGCUGGCCUCUACGCCCGUCUAGGCUCACUGAACGCGCACCACGUGCCCAACGGCAUCCUGGCAAAAACCCCUGCAGGCUUGGUGGGAGCGCUGGCAGUGGGGGCACCGCCUCCGCUCAUUCCGUCCAUCACCAGCCGGUCGUCCACACCUCCCCGCGGUUCUAGACUUGGGCCAGGUGAGCUGGCACUGUACAGCGCCCACAAAGACGGAGAGUCCAGAUAGUACAGGGACAACACUGGAGGAGAUUAAGGGAAAUGUCAGGAUCACUGUGCUGCUCUCAACCUGCCCCCUUUUUCCUCUUGCAGACUACUAACCCCUCCCCUUCCAGUAACACAACCAAACCAGUUCCAGUCCCCCUGCAAAAAAAGGGGUAACCAUGACUGGCUGGAGGUGAUGGUAGGGAGGGAAUGCAAGACUUGGAAUAUGCGCAAUGGUUCUAUCAGUGCAAUUUAAAGGUACAUGGUUUCUGUGCAUCCUUGGUGUAUUUUUUAUUUUAUACUGGCUGUUGGUUAUUACAGUAGUCGAUUUCAGAAGCUGUACGAAGAGGCAGAGGACAGCUUUUUUUCAUUUGUCAGGUGAAUUAUGAUCCAUGCUACUUAGCAAGCCUUUUUUCCGGGUGGAUUGGAAAUGACUUCCAGAGGGAUGUACACUGUGAAAAAAAAAAAAAAAAAAAAAAAACAUGUCAAGGGUUCAUCCUCAGCUUGGUUAAAUACUCAUGGGAUAUUAUAAAGCCCUCCUCUACAUAAGUCACCCCUGAUUAGGUAUUGUGGAUGAGGGUCUUUAGAAAUACAGUGGUAAAAGUGGUGCUUUCUGUUUCUGUCUUUGUGUCUUUUUGUCAUUGUGAGAAGACAAAAUUACUGAUGAGACCAUUUUAAUGAAGAUCGGUAAGCAUCGCACCUCAGUUUCCUGCUUUACCCAAAAAAAAAAAUCUAAACCCAAAACCCCUCAGCUUCACUGAUAAUGAGAUUCAACCUUUUUUGGCUUGUUUUUUUUUUGGUUUGUUUUUGUUUUUGUUUUCAAAGGAUGAAUGGCGAAAUGAACUGUGCUACACUGUGUGAGUGAACACAGUAUUUUAGAGCUUCCUGUAACUGUUUCCCCCAGUCUCCUCUUGACUAUAUGUGCAGGACCAGAUUAUAGUAGUCUAGAGAAAUUGCCUUUGUAAUUAUUAUUCUUAACAUUAAUUAUCUUCUAUAAUAAUAAAUAUAUUCACUGUUAUGUUAUUUGUCUUUGUUUCGGGUAUCAACCAGUACUCUCUCCCCAGGUAGUAAUCUGUUUCAAAUCAUGCAAAAGACAAAGCAAAAGGCUUGCUUCACAAAACUUUUUAAUGCUCGUGAACAUUAAGCCGUAUCCAUUGCAACCUCUGGCCUCUUCAAGGAUCUCAUCUAGGACUUUAUUAUGCUCAGAGGGAGGUUUGCCUUGUGUGUCAUUGGUUGUGUGUUAUAUCCAUUUGGGACUAUGGGAGCCUUGUACAUUGAACUGUCGAGUUGUUUCAUCAACGAGAAUAAGUUAUAUACAUGGAUAAGUGGGACAUCUGCUGAAGAACUGAAAAAAAAAUAUAUGUACUUGUGUCAAAAAGACAGCUAGACAGUGGGUAUCCUGAGAGGGAAAAGACUGGGUCGAUUAUUUUAAUAUGACCAUUUUAUACCUUUCAAACCCCUCCCCUAGAGACCACAAAGAUUAAUUAUUAAAUGAAUUGUUGUUUA